UAAAAGAUUCUUAAUGUGUUUUCAACAAUACAAUGAUAAAUAUUUUUUUGGAUUAAUUUAACAAGAAUUAUUCCACCAUAUUGACUAAUUUAUUAAGCAUGAGCGCGAUGAUUCUCGAUACUGUUAAAAAUCGAAUCAAAUUUCAAUGCCCGACAAACCACUAAAACAGGUUUGUUCGAAGAACGCGCGUAUAAAUAUUUAAAAUAUAUACGGAUACUUCGCGUGUGGCCGGUUGACUCAUAUGUUUUAAUUUCACUUCCAUUCUUCUUUGGGUUUACUGUUUUUUAUCUACAGGUUUAUGACCAGCAAUAUGUAAUAAUGUAAAAUAAGGCGCGAAAACUCCGCGUAACAUACCGUACUGCGUGUGAUGCAGCUAAGAACUGCUCAGAAAAAGACAUUCGCUAUCUUUGAUCUCAUUCAUUGAACUCUUUUCCUUUCACCAACUCCAACCACAAUCAACGCCGUAUAUCUUUUUAAAAAGAUAUUUCUUGUUUGUCAUAAUAUUGUGCCUAGAAGUUAAAUAAUUAUGACUGAAUAUUACAGACAUACUAAUUAAUAUGGCGAAACCCCAAAACACAACACGAUCCAUAAAACCCUAUCCUUGCCUUGUUUUUCAAAAUCAUAGCAAAACACUACACCUGUCAUGCUUUUCCACAGGCGGUCGCCUGUAACACGUGUUUAAAUGUUUAUUGUAGUUAUAAAGCUAGAUUAGUACCAAAUGACUAACUUCAGUUUUAUGACUGAAAUAUUGUUGCAUAGUCCCACAGAUCAAACACAUAAGACUACCCUAUCCCUGCCUUGCAUUUCUACCGGCGUUCACCUGGAACACGUGGAGUCCGAUCACGGAGUCGGCGGAAGUGACGUUCAAUUGUCAGGACAGAAACAUCGGCAUGCUGGCCAACUACGGCAACAUCGCCUCCACAGUUACCGUGAUACCCAUGUGCUAAUUCAUGGAUGUGAAAGGCCUACGCAUCUCCCUGAUCAUCUUCGGCUUCCUGUUAGCGCUGGGCUGCCGUAUCCGGUGUAUAACCAUGGAGCCCGCCACCAUGACGUGGCUGUCGAAUUGUGGCGCGCAUCUGAUCGGGUUCGGCGGGUCAGUUCCUUAUGCCGCUCCCGCAAAGCUGUCAGCGGUCUGGUUUCCGCCGGAUCAGCGGACGACUGCGACGUCCAUCGCGUCUUUCUCCAACGACUUUGGCGUCGCGAUGGCCUUCAUCAUAGGUGACAUAUCGUUACAUAGUCAGUGGUUUUCCUUAAUCGUAGGUGACCUAUAUAGCAGGCAGUGUAAGGCCUUCAUCAUAGUAUACCUACAGAUGGGACACUGUCAGACGUUAAAACGAAAAUACAGUAAAAGUUAAAAGUUGAAAUUGCCGUCCCUGAUAAUCCUGCGUUGACUGCAAGAGAACAAAUGGACGAUACUUUACGCACAUGCAUUUAAUACUGUUUGCCCUGAGCGAGGCUCGUAUAUUACUUAUGUUAUAAGUGUCAAUAAGUUUUGU